UCGGCGCACAGUCGCGCGCACAGAGACGGCACACGUGUCUCCCGGUCUGGGUCCUGAGUUUCACCCUACCCCUCAGGAUCGAGAGAUUGGAGGUGGCCCCCAAAUCUCUUUUGGUGUGCACACACCCUAGCCUGCGUGAGCGUGAUCCACGCAGUUCUCAGCGCUCAGGGAGCCAACUUGUCCAAGCAACUAUCCCAGGAGCGGCGCGCGGGGGUGGGGGGGGACCCGCCACUGCGCAUGCGGAGCUCCAAAUUCAAACAGCUGUGUCCUGGGCUGCGGGACGACUGGACCCGGAGCUGCUGGAACUAGGGGACUCUUUUUCCAGGACGUGGCCAUUCCAGAAUCAUGGUGGACCGGGGUCCCCUGCUCACCUCGGCCAUAAUUUUCUACCUGGCCAUCGGGGCGGCAAUCUUCGAAGUGCUGGAGGAGCCGCACUGGAAGGAGGCCAAGAAAAACUACUAUACACAGAAACUGCAUCUACUCAAGGAGUUUCCGUGCCUGGGCCAAGAGGGCCUGGACAAGAUUCUACAGGUGGUGUCUGAUGCUGCAGACCAGGGUGUGGCCAUCACAGGGAACCAGACUUUCAACAACUGGAACUGGCCUAACGCAAUGAUUUUUGCAGCUACAGUUAUCACCACUAUCGGUUAUGGCAACGUGGCUCCCAAGACCCCAGCUGGGCGCCUCUUCUGUGUCUUCUAUGGUCUGUUCGGGGUGCCGCUGUGCCUGACAUGGAUCAGUGCCUUGGGCAAGUUCUUUGGGGGACGUGCCAAGAGGCUGGGCCAGUUUCUUACCAGGAGAGGAGUAAGCCUGCGGAAGGCUCAGAUUACAUGCACGGCCAUCUUCAUCGUGUGGGGCGUGCUGGUCCACCUGGUGAUCCCACCCUUUGUGUUCAUGGUGACAGAAGAAUGGAACUACAUCGAGGGCCUCUACUAUUCCUUCAUCACCAUCACCACCAUUGGCUUUGGGGACUUUGUAGCCGGUGUGAACCCCAAUGCCAACUACCAUGCCCUGUACCGCUACUUUGUGGAGCUUUGGAUCUACCUGGGGCUGGCUUGGCUGUCCCUCUUUGUCAACUGGAAGGUGAGCAUGUUUGUGGAAGUACACAAAGCCAUUAAGAAGAGGAGGCGGCGGCGGAAGGAAUCCUUCGAGAGCUCCCCACACUCCCGGAAGUCUCUGCAGAUGGCUGGAAGUACAGCCUCCAAGGAUAUCAACAUCUUCAGCUUCCUAUCCAAAAAGGAGGAGACCUACAAUGACCUCAUCAAACAGAUUGGGAAGAAAGCAAUGAAAACCACAGGGGGUGGGGAGAGGGUCCCAGGACCUCAAGGGGAUGGACUACCUACCAUCCCCGCAUCCCUAGCACCUUUGGUGGUCUAUUCCAAGAACCGAGUACCCAGCUUGGAAGAGGUAUCUCAGACUCUAAGAAACAAAGGACAUGUGUCAAGGCCACUUGGUGAAGAGGCUGGGCCACAGGCCCCCAAGGAUGGCUUCUCAACCUCUGAAGUGUUUAUUAACCAGCUGGACCGUAUCAGCGAGGAGGGUGAGCCUUGGGAAGCUCUGGACUACCACCCUCUCAUCUUCCAAAAUGCCAACAUUACCUUCGAAAAUGAAGAGACUGGCCUCUCGGAUGAGGAGACCUCCAAGUCUUCUGUAGAGGACAACCUGACUUCAAAGGAGCAGCCCCAGCAGGGGGCAGUGGCCGAGGUGCCCCUGAGCAGCACAGGCGAAUUUCCUUCAUCAGAUGAGUCCACCUUCACCAGCACUGAGUCAGAGCUCUCUGUGCCUUAUGAGCAGCUGAUGAAUGAGUACAACAAAGCAGACAGCCCCAGAGGCACGUGAGGCCGGCCUGGUUCCCCACCUGCUCUCCAGUGGCUUCCCUUCACCCGGGUUGUCCUGUGAUGGCCAGAUCCCGGGGAGGGGGCCCUGGAAAUGAGGUGGGGAGCCAGGAACCUGCCUCUUCUUUCUGUCCUCUCCAGAUGGUUGCUUCCAUGAGUUGUGGUGUUGACCCAGGAAAAGCCUCCGUUCUAUGGUCCAGUAGGGAGACUGCUGUCCUGGGCCCUCCCGGCAGGUGUAUCUGCUGACUGGAGGCAUGUGGGCCACAGCACUCACCCUGGAGAUCCUGUGUCUGCUGCUUAAGUUCUCCUGCAUCUUUCAGUUGACUGUCACACGGUUCUUUGAGGCCAGGAGCCUUCAGCUGAGUUCUCCAGUAUUAAUGGGCAACCCCCUUGUGCCUGGCCCUGAGCUGGUCAUUUGGAAGGAGGAGCUUGUAGGCCCAGGGUUGGCGUGGAGUUCUCAGAUAUUCUGGGGAGGCACAGAUAUGAUGGGAUUUGGGGCACCUCCGUACCCCAGCUGUAGCAGGAUCCAUCUGCCCACCCACUCAUCACUGUCCAGCAAGUCCCUUAGUGCAAACCUCAGGGCAGGGGCUUUGGGGGAGGGGAUAUGUGUGUCCCAGAGCUAUAUCCCACCUCAGAUUCCCUCUGUACAGCAAGGGCAGGCCCAAGGUUUUCUAUGCCCUGGACGUGCAGGAGAAAGUUGGGUUGCUAUGGGCGUGGUCAGGGAGCUCAGAUACGAGGUACAGACCCCCUUACCUCCUGCCUGAUGAAAGUACAAGUCUCAGCCUGGGCACUCACACUCCCAACCCGCUAUCUCAUUCCCUGGAGGUCCCAUGACUGCUUCUCUCAACCCCUCACUCUUCUCUUAGUGGAGCUGUGAGGUGAGGCCAAAUUGUUCUUGGCUCAUAGAACUGUGAAUUGAGCUUCUCUCUCCAGCCCCUGUAUGGUGUUAGUGUAUGCACGUGCCAGUGGGCAUAUGUGUGUGCAUUUGGGCUGGGGAGGAAAGAAAAUGUGAAUCUUACUGGGCCAGAUGUUCCUGGUGAGGUCUGGGAACUCGCUGCUGUACAUGUCCUUGAUACUCAACCUCCAACCAGCCCACUCUGGCCUAAAUGUUUUUUUUGUUUGUUUGUUUUGUUUUUUUGUUAUUAGUAUUUUCUAAUGAACUGUUGUUUUUAUACCCAGAAUCUGUCAUUGGCUUCAGAGCCAGUAAAGAACAGGGUCCCUGCAAGUGGAUUGGAUGUCUGUUGGGCACUCUGUCAUCCUCCCAACUCAGCUUGUCCUUUUGUGGUGACAAGGUCUUGUGUAGAGCUAGGGAGGUACACCACUGCAGGCCACUGGGUGCUGGGCAGGAGACAUGAGUUCCCAGUUCAGCUGAUAACCUGCCUCAGCCCCUUCCCCUGCCAUGUACAUUCCACCGAGGGGCAUAUAGGGCCAGAGCCCCCACAUAUUACGACAGUGAGAGGUGUGUGUCCAUACCUCCACCACUCUCCACGGUUUUAGAGGCCACUCUGGCCUCAGAGUGGGAGGAAUAGCCUGGCUCCUAUGAGGUGUCCUAAGCUGAAUGUCCUCAGGCCACAGUAACCACACUGUAUCUAUUACUGAUGGUGAAGGCAGAUGUAAUUUAUUUUCACAUUUUUACAAUAAAAGACAUGAACAAGCCCA